GUCUGCAGAAUCCGCACCAACAGGCACCAUGCCCAUGAUCCUGGGGUACUGGGACAUCCGCGGGCUGGCCCACGCCAUCCGCCUGCUCCUGGAAUACACAGACUCAAACUACGAGGAAAAGAACUACCUCAUGGGAUAUGCUCCUGACUAUGACAGAAGCCAGUGGCUGAAUGAAAAAUUCAAGCUGGGCCUGGACUUUCCCAAUCUGCCCUACUUGAUUGAUGGGACUCACAAGAUCACCCAGAGCAACGCCAUCAUGUGCUACAUUGCCUGCAAGCACAACUGGCUGAGGAAUGUGUUCUUUCACAACCUGUGUGGGGAGACAGAAGAGGAGAAGAUUCGUGUGGACAUUUUGGAGAACCAGCUUAUGGACAACCGCAUGGAGCUGGCCAGACUCUGCUUUGACCCAAAUUUUGAGAAACUGAAGCCAAAGUACUUAGAGCAACUCCCUGAAAAGCUAAAGCUCUACUCACAGUUUCUGGGGAAGCGGCCAUGGUUUGCAGGAGACAAGAUCACCUUUGUGGAUUUCCUCGCCUAUGAUGUCCUUGACAUGAAGCGUAUAUUUGAGCCCAGCUGCCUGGAUGCCUUCCCAAACCUGAAGGACUUCAUCUCCCGCUUUGAGGGUUUGAAGAAGAUCUCUGCCUACAUGAAGUCCAGCCGAUUCCACCAAGGUCUUUUGUUCGGAAUGACAGCCACGUGGAACAGCACAUAGGGCCCCGUGAUGCCGGAAGAUGGGAGGGAAGAGCCGACCCUGCUGCCUGUGACCCUGGAGAACAGCCUGACUCCCUGGACCCACCUUCU